CAGUGGUUUGAAUUUUUUUUUGCAAAUGUCUGCAUGUUUUUGCCAUUGAUAUCAAUCAAUCAAUGAUCAGGGUAUCAAUCAUCAUUACUCGGGAGUUUUUUCAGCUAGACGACAUAUAGCGACGACCAUAGCCAACGAUCACAACACAACCAAGAGAGAAAAGAAAAGAAAUGUCUACCAACAGUCCAAUCCAGUCUUUGCACUUUGUUUGGUUCAUCAUAUUAAUAUGGUUCGGUUUGGUUGGAAAUUCCAGCCAAACGAUGGCAUCAAUCUCGCAGAUAAUAUGGCCCAAUCAAUCACCAAACGAUACGAUGCAUCCGGCAAUUCGAUUAAAUCUGAUUGGACAGAAUCAAUCGGUGGCCAACGCUUUUGUAACAGCUGAUUCGCCACAACAGGCCGAUGAAGAUUUAAUCAAUUCAGUGAUGAUAAAUCCAGAAGAUAUUCAAUUCAUUGUGCCCAACCAACCGGAUCAGAUUGGCGAGCAAGUUGUCGAACAAAUUCGUGAGCAAUUAGGAUCGAGACCAAUUUCGUUGGGCGAAUUGAAAAAUAAGAAUAUGAGUUUUACAUUAGAGAUGCCCGGCAUACAGAUGAAUCGCACGGUUCAUACAAACAUUUCCGAUCAGACAAUUGUACGACGACAACACGGCCAAUAUCAAAUGCCUUUACCGAUACCAGCGAAGCCAUUUGUCAUGCAAACUUAUAUGAAAAAACCGAAUAAAAUCCCCGUCGAACAUGUCUAUGUGGUGGCAAACAGUCCGAAAGCAGCGACUUUUUCCAAUUACACAUCAGUUCCGGCUCCAGUGCCUGCAUAUCCACCUUCGGUAAACGCUCACGCUAGUUAUGCUAGUUAUCCAUCUCCACCAAUCAAUUCAUAUCUAGCUCCAUUACCUACCGCAAACUAUUCAGCUGAUCAAUCAUCAUUGAACAGUAAACCUACCACCACCACCACCACCAUCUACAGUUCAUUGCCACCGGUUCAUUCGAAUACAUCCCAUUCGAAAAUUGUGAAUCAAAAACCCAACGCUGGAGGACAUGUUUAUGUUGUAGCGAACAACAAUCCACCACCACCACCACCACCGGCUUCAUAUACAAAUGCACAGGCUGCUCAAUUGAAUACAUCAUCAUCCUACACUCAAAAACAACCGGCAACACCGAAAAUUUAUACGACAAAUCUACCACCAUUGUUGAAACCGAAAACAGAUUAUGCAUCAUACCUAAGUCAAACUGGAUCGGCAAGCUAUGUGAAUCCUAAUAAUCAACCCAAAGUUAUCUAUCGAUACAUCGAAGUUUGCAAUGGUAAACCACAUAAUUACAAUGUUCGUCAAGAUUCUCAAGAAUCAGCCGAAGCUCUGUACAAUGGUUAUUCGAAAUUAUCGGCAGUACAAUCGCAAUUGGAACAUCUCAAACAAAUGGUACAAUACUAUCAGAGUUUGAUACCGCAACUGAAUUCCUAUGCACAACAAUAUGCAACUGUUGGAGCUGCCGCAGUGAUGAAUCCAUAUGAAGCGAUUGGCCGAUUGCCCCAAUAUCCGACCACUGUAUCGAUACCAUCGACGAGAUAUGGAGUACCGCCGCAACAAGCAGCAGCCGCUUCAUAUUCCUCAUCGUAUCCAGCAGCAUAUUCGACGCCUACAACGGAAACUCAUGAUGGUGGAAAUGUAAAAAUGAGCUACUAUGCGGUGGAAGAAACAUAUAAAACUGAUAAUUCAAGUGCAAUUCCGGCCGAAAUGGCAAUUUAUUGAGCAAUUGAAAAGUCCAUUCAUCAAUGAUGAUAUGAUUCGAUUGUAAUUUUGAAUUUUUGUCUAUUUAGUGAUUAAAGUUUGUGAUGAAUUUUGCGCUUAGUUCAGCAACCAAA